AUGAUAAACUACCAUAAUAUGAUUAAUGAAGGUUUUCUGAAGUCGCUAGAAGCGUGUUUGCCAUAUCUUGUAAAUUUGAUCAUAAAAUUAGCAACCAUUAGAAAUGAAUGCUGUAUAGAUGCAUUAAUAAAGAUUCUCACCCUCUCUUGCUUCGCUGCAACAAUUAACAAUUCAAUUUUAGGUCAAGAAAUGUUUGCAGCAAUCAUACCUUUUUUCCAAUUAAACUUCUCCAGAUUUAAUACUAAAAAUAGCCCCGCAUUAUAUAUGGAUUUGCUCUUAAGGAGGUUCUUACAAUUUUUGAAUUUCACACUUGUCGAAAAUAUGGAUUUUGAAUUUGAUUUAGAAUUUUGGAUAAAAGUGCUUGAUAUUAUUUCAAAAGAAAAAACCUGAAAUCUACUAUUUCUCGCUUUAAGUCGGUAUCUAAAUUUAACUGCCAAAAAAGGAGUAGAAAGAAAAAGUAAGGAAGAAAUAAAAAACAUUAAAAAAAGAAGAUCCGAAAUGUUUCUCAGGCUUAUCCUUCAAAAGCAAGUAAGCAAUAACUUUCAACCAGGAGAUGAUAAAUAUGUAUUUUUUUGUAAGAACAAAUAUUGGACAUCAUUUUCUGUAAAUUUUUAUAGGGAAAAGGCUAUAGAAAUGGCUGGUAAUGUCAAAGCUAGUUCAUCAUAUUUUGGCGAAGUAAUAAAUAUUCUUGAUUGGUAUAUGAUAAUUAAAAAACGAAGAAAUAUUGGGUUUAUAAUCAGCGAAUCGCAGCUUUACAAGUUUUUCGAUUGGCCAAAAAUAUGAAAAGAAAAAAUUAGACAAUUUGAUGCUCUAGCUACAUAUCAAAUACAUGCCAACUCAUAUGAUCUGAACUUCUUAAGAGAGUACUUCUCAAAUAUAUGACAAAUGGAUGACUGAUAUAGAAAUAUUUCGGAUGCUGAAAAAAUUAUUUUAGAACUCUUGCUGUUGAAUUACAAUAACAAGACUUUUAAUGAAGAUUUUGAGGCUUUAGCAGUGAAAUUCUCCUUCAGAUUUUUCGAGCAUGUCUAUGAAAAUGCUAGCAAAUACAUAAUAAGAGAGGGUACUAAAAUUAUAGAGAUAUUUUCAUUGAUUUUUAAAUUUUUACCUCAAUCUUGGGAAUUUAUUAAAGCAAAUGCAAAAAUGGAUGAUGGAGACAUCAUAAUAUUAAAAUUUAAAAAUAUUAAAGAUCGCUACUCCAAAUGUCUUUUGUUGAUUUAUCUCCAAGAUUUGAAUAAAAAUUAUUCAGUUACAGCAGCUCUAGCAUAUUUUUUAAGAUUUAUUGAUCAUCUAAUUAACUACCUUCAGAGCAGAAAAGGUUAUGAUUCAUUUUGCAUUGAUAUUUUAUUCUCAAAUAAUGUUAAUGGAUUUAGUCUAAGUAAUAUUGACUAUAAUGAUCCUCAACACUGUGCUAAAAUUCUCAUGAGUAUUUUCUGAGAGACUGAUUUCCGGGGAAAAAAAUGAAUAAUGGAACUUAAAAAAAAGAAAAAAAGAAUUGAAGAAAUAAAAAAUCAAAGCAAAGAGAUAAAACCAGAAAAUAAUUUUGAAAAUACUAACCCAUUGUAUGAAUCACCAAGCGAUUGAAGCCAACUUUCUAAUGAAAAAAAGCUCAAGAUUGAUAAUCUUGAAAACUUAAGCAUUUGAGAUAAUCUGAUAUCUAAAACAAACACUAAAUUGAUUAUUGAUCUUUUAAAUGAUUUCAAAGAAUCAUACAUUCUAAAAAUGCUAUUUGAUAAAGAUUGAUUUCAACCUCAAGUCAAAAAAUGGCUACUUUCACAGCUAAAGAACCUAUUUAAUCUAAGCUUAAAACGCUCUGAAAAAUCUGUAAAUUUUAUCGCUGAAACAAACUCCUUUGUAAUAAGACUAAUUUCAAACAACUAA